CAGAGAGACGGACGCUGACAAGCCCAACAGUCCACUAGCAGUCCACUGGCACUACUGCAGUCCAGUCCUUCCUCAACCAAUCUACGGCCGCCGCUGUUCGCGCCUGCUCCAUCUCCACAGUCUGCUAAAAGGAGGUCCCUUAUUCGACUCGGGAUCGUCCGUCCUCCGUCCCUUAUUAUCUGGCGCUUGUCUCGUCGGUCUGUUUGCUUGUCUGCAAACAUACAUAUAUCCAUCUCCUCCGCAAUUACUCGGGUCCGGUUGGAUUUACACACUCUCUCUUUUCUCUCCUUCCAAAUCUCCAAGACUCUCCCUCCGGCCUAUGCCUUCUUGCCAACGGUGAACGUUGAUGUCUCACUCAUAAUCACGAUUCCCCACCAACACCGUCUACAAUGCGCGACAUGCCCUCAAAAUUCGUCGAAAUCCUCGACUUCAAAGAUGCGUACCCUCGCAUCUCCGACUCAGACGUGCGCCUCGAAGAUGUCUUGGCCGACCACGAGGCCAUCGUCAGCCGACCGGUCUCCUCAACACAUACCUCCAAGGUCAGCCUCGACCGCGAACGGGUGGACCGUGCAUGCCCAAGUUCUCCCACCUCGCCUACAUCGCCGUCGCAGCGCUGGAAGCGGCUGAGCCAGAUCCUCGCCGUCGCGCGGCGGCCAGACUGAGACCAGGUCUGAUCGGAUCGAAUCAUUCAACCACGGACCACAAUAGACAUCGUUCUCAGAGGUCCCCCUCGGGCCUCCUGGCCCC